GGCACAAGCCAGGCUCUAGGCGACCCCUUCGUGGUCUCCACCUCCGAGUCCCAGGCUCUAGGCGACCUCUGUGCCGCCCAGUGGACGCUGGGUGCUGCAGGGAUGCAUUAUGAGAAGCAUGUGCUCCAGCAGACAGAUCACAGCGGAAUGAUUUUCUCCUCUUGGACACCAUCUUUCACGCAUGGCGGAACUGACUCACUGCUGACGAUCUUCCGGGGACGCCGAGGCAUCACGCUCUCCCCCGGCAGUGGCGAGGACUGGUAUCUCUUCCACCACGACACAGAACGAUGGUUGUAUUUCCCUCGCCACCCACGGACUGCACAGCUGCGACUGCGGACGCGAUGCCCAUUUCCCCAGCAUCAUCACAAGGCACCCAAAGAGCCAUUAUUCCGACGGCUCCAAGCCCACCAACUCAUCCCGCACACAGACGUUCGCAUCGACGCUCAGUUCGCCUCCAUCGAAGUAGACAGCAUCACUCUAGAACGGUGGCGCAGGACCCUAAACGGUCCACGUCACUAUCAAUGCAACUACUCCGUCUGGCUGCGCGACCGCCAGCCCAAUUUCUGCUGGCCACGCGGAUUGGACAGCGCCGAUGGACCUGUCAUCGCCGCCGAACUCACCAAGUCCGCCCUCAUGUUCCUGGCCACUAGUCUGUGCUACGGGGCGAUGCAUCUGUUUGCCUGGGAUGCAGACGUGAUGCGGCCGCGCAGUGCGCAGGAGACCUUUUGGCGGCUUUCGUGUUUGUUGCUGGUUGGGGCCGUUGGCUUUUGCCGUCUGGGCGGGUUUGAAGACCUGGCGAGGGCCGGAUGCGCAUCUCCGGCUCAGUCGGGGGAUGAGUGUUGUGCUGGGUUUGUUUGUCGUGGUGGUUUUUAUUGCUUAUGCUGUUGCCCGUGUCUAUCUUAUGGUGGAGGUUUUCCUCGUCUUGCCUUAUAUGGAUCCGGGGGUAUACGAGCUACCCAGUUAUGCCGUCUACUGGCCGCAUCUGGGAUAGAUAUGUGUCAAUGGCCCAUGGAUGCAGAUGAGGGACAUAGAAGAGGCUAACUAACCAUUCUUUCAUUAUCUCGUUUUUAUAUACAUUGUGAAAAAGGAGCCAACCAUCGUUUCGAUCGUCUGGUCAACACCAUAACG